GAUGUAAUCUGCUGUUACUAAAUGGAUGUCUACAUUCACAUUCGUAGCACACUGCACAUGAGUGCCUAGGAAUAAAGUUUUCAAAUUUUUUCAUAUCAGUUCUGCUGGGAGGAAGCCAUGUAUCUGUUUGUUUACUUCUACCUCCUAAUGAGCUUUUUUGAAGAAGUGCAUGGUUUUUGUCCUUCACAAUGCACUUGCGUUUACCAUGGCAGAAGUGAUGGCACUGGAACAAGGUCUGUGCUCUGUAAUGAUCCUGACAUGUAUGAGAUCCCUGUGAAUGUUCCUGUGGAUACUGUAAAACUUCGUAUAGAGAAAACUGUCAUACGAAGGAUUCCAACUGAAGCCUUUUACUACCUAGUAGAUCUCAAAUACCUGUGGGUAACUUACAACUGUGUAGCCAACAUUGAUAUCAGCAGUUUCUAUAACUUGAAACAACUGCAUGAGCUACGGCUGGAUGGUAAUCUGCUCUCGACUUUCCCUUGGGAAUCGCUGGCAGAGAUGCCCAACCUACGGACUCUUGAUUUACACAACAAUAAAGUGACCAGCAUUCCUGCUGAUGCUGGCCGGUACCUGAGAAACCUCACCUACCUGGACAUAUCCAGCAACAAGCUAACCACCUUGCCAUCAGACUUGAUGGACAUUUGGCCCCCCUUCUCAGAAGCUGUCCUGUCCAAGAACACAGACAUUCUGGCGACCCAGAGAGUCAUUUUGGGUUUGCAGGAUAACCCAUGGUUUUGUGACUGUCGCAUUUCAAAGCUAAUUGAAUUUUCCAAAAUUGUGGACAACUCAGUUGUACUUCUUGAUCCAUUGAUUUCAUGUAGUGGACCUGAGAGCCUGGCAGGAAUCUUGUUCCAGAGGGCUGAGUUAGAGCAGUGUCUUAAACCAUCUGUGAUGACAUCGGCAACAAAAAUCACUUCCCCGCUGGGAAGCAACGUUCUGCUACGCUGUGAUGCGACUGGGUACCCAACACCACAGCUUACUUGGACUAGGUCAGACAAUAUACCAGUGAACUAUACAGUAAUUCAAGAAACACCUGGAGAGGGUGUCAGAUGGUCCAUAAUAAGCUUGACAGGGAUUUCAUACAAGGAUGCAGGAGAAUACAGAUGUAAAGCCAAGAACUUAGCAGGAAUGUCAGAAGCUUCUGUUACUGUCACAGUGGUUGGUGUAGUUACUACAACUGUGUCACCACAGAAGUAUGGAAGGAAGCAAGAGGCAGAGAGACAGAAUACCACUCAGGAGGAAUCCAAGCCGGAACCUGAGAGGACAACCACACCUCUUCCCACCACACCGACCACCACAGCGCUGGUUAGCACUGAAAGAUCAACGAGCAUCAAGUUUACCGACAAGAAGCAAUCCAGGCCCCUGUUCGAUGGAAAGAAAAAUUCAAAGGCAGUGACAAAUGGAAACAAAAAGCAGACUGGGGAGAUAAGCAAGAAAGGUGAGGAGACUUCAUUGAAUACAGCAGGUAUGGCUGAGCAAAAUGUUACUGUAAAGAACCUAAGAGUGAUCAGUGAAACUGAUGAAAGAGUGACCUUAACUUGGAAAACUGUCAAUGCCACAAGCAACUCUGCAGUGACUGUGUUAUACUCAAAGUAUGGUGAGAAAGAUAUGUUGCCUCUGAGCACCGAUUCUAGCAAAAACAAAGUCACAAUUGAUGGUUUGCAACCUAGUACUCAAUAUAUGGCAUGUGUCUCACCCAAAGGAGUGCCACCUACAAAAGAGCAGUGCAUUAUUUUCUCCACUGAUAGGUUAAAUGAUGAAAACAGCUCUCAGUUUUCUAUUCUGAUAUUGGCCAGCAGUGCAGCAUGUGUGGUUGUUUUACCUUUGAUAUUUUUCUUACUCUACAAAGUUUUAAAACUUCAUGUGAAACCAAAAAGUGCAAAGGAAGCUGACCUUGCAAAAGAGACCUAUGUGAAAUUUGAAACGCUAUCUCUCAAGCCUCGAACAGUGAAUGCAGGAGAGCAGCUCUGGGCACGAAGGUACACAGAUGAGUCAGAAAGACUUCUCCUUUGUUCUAGGUCAAGCAUGGAUUCUCAAAUGACCUUCAAAAGUGAGGGCUCUAGGUCUGAGUAUCUGUGUUGAACAUAGGUGAGGGUGGAGGAGAUAGAAUGUAAGAUAGGUAAAAUUAAUCCAAAAUGAUGAUACUGCAUCUGGAAGCAGGUUGAUGCUAGGUGGUGGUCAGAAUAUAUCAUCUGAUGUAAUGCAGUCUACUGAAUGGGUAGGGUGGUGGGUAAGAAGGAGAAUAGAAGAAAAAUGUUGCCCGUUUAUUUUCUUUUUUUAUGUUUGUGACUUUGGAUAUAAAGGAAUGCCAUUCUUCAAAGGAUAAAUACAGCAUGAAAUGGUUGCCUGAUUAAAGAUCAUCUAUUUUUUGUUUUCAUUAAAACAUCAUUCUGUUUUCUCUUUUCUCGUUUUACUGUACGAUGUGCUAGUUGCAUGUAUCAAACAUUAAUCACAACCUUUAUAAAAAUGGUGUACUUAAAAUUAAUAGGAAAACAGUUUAAACUACUUCUAUUGAGGUCAAAACUUCAUUUGAAAGUAUAAGCUUUCUUCUGACUUCAGCUUGUGCUUUGAGAUGUCAUACAACUCCGUUUGUACAGUAUCUUGGACUGAAAGUGAUCUCGGGGCAAUCAAGACUGAAGCUAGGUAGCCACAGCUUAUGGAUUCUUGAGAGGUACAAUACACAUCAUAUUGUUGUUUUGCAGAUGCUAUGGCAAAGGAGCUUCUUUAGUAUUCUGAAGCUCAGGUAAGAUAUCAUUAUGAGUAACUCUGUGAGAGAUACUAGAUAUUAAUAAUGUUAAUUUACAUCAAAUGAUCUUAUUACAAAAUCUCAGCCUUAGAAUUUACUUGGAUGCAUAUGUCUAUAUACCUCAAUUUCAGAAAUCUCUGUACAGAAAAUUUUGUGGUACUGUGUAAGAGAAAACACACUCUUAUAUACCUAUAUAUUACAUAGAUACUGCACAAUAUUAUGUACUAUACUGUAGUAAUAUAAUACGUUUUGAGAUACAGUAAGAGGAGGUCUUGUCCUCGGCUCAUGUUGUAUGUGUAAUGAAGUUCAAUGAGCAUAGCAAAAUUUAAUUGUGAACAUGCUUCCCAAUGUUUAAAAAAUCAGAUAUUAAUAAUAAUAGUAAUGAUGAAUGCAGAAUUGCCUAUCAAUUUUGUGAGGCUGCUUUUUUAUUGCCUGAAGUAAAUAACAGAGCUUUUAUAGUUUUAGGUUCAGAUAUUGUGGUUAGAAGUAUGUAUGAAUUGUUUUUCCUAAGAAUUACAACUGCAUUGUUUUCUUGGACUUUUCUAUGCCUAGAAAGACUGUUUGUUUUGCUAGGAAAUUGGGAAUCUUCUCUUCCCAGACGGAGAAAUUACUCAAAGCUACAAACCAAAGCUUAGUUAGUUAACUUUAAAAUAGUGACAUUUCUUGGUGUCGCUAGUGUAGGAUUAAAUUUUGCCUGCUGGAAUGCUAGAGAGCUUAUCUUGCAAGGCAUAGCUUGGUGGGAGGAAAACACUUCAUCAAAAACCCUCCAGUAUUAAAAUCAUGGCAGAAAACAAACACAUUGAAAAAUCUCCAUAGCAUCUACAUGAUGGUGCUUGAUGGUCAGGAAUAAUAGAAUGAGUAUUUGAGACCAUGGGAGCUGUAGUAAGGAAGCAGGUGAGAUGUUCAGAAGUGCAAAAUUAGCUUCCCUGCAUAUGCUUUUAGAAUUAACCUUGAUGUUCCUUUCUGUGUUACUAGUAUGUGUAGUUAAAGAGUGAUCUUUCUUCUUUUUCUAUGGAUAAUUUUGAUUGCAGUGAAAAUGUUUUUAGUUUUCUGAGUGGAAUAUUUUUACUUUGACAGUUUUUUUUGAAAUUUGGGAUUUUUUUUAAGGGAAAGCGGAUUCUUUUUGUGUCAAAACCAAGGUUCAUCUGACAAGCAGUUUAUGUUAAACCGAAUUUUUAACGGGACCUGAAGUGUUACAAUAUUUGCCUUCUAUUUUCCAUAUAGAUAGUGUAGCCAGUAGUUGUUGCUGAAGGUGUUUCCAAUUAAAACCACCAUGUUUGUCAUUAAUGACAGCAAUUAUUUUAACAUUUAUCUUUUAAUUCCUGGACAAUAUUUGAUUACAGGUUUCAAACCUUUCAAGAAACUUGAAUCUAAUUCUGGAGUUCAAAAGUGCUGUCACCUGACUUGUAGAUGAUACAUCAAUAUAUCGGACUGAGGUGGUGCAAAGCUCAUUUGAAAGAGCUCACUUACAAAUGUGAAACCUUUUGGUUUGACUAAUCCUUGUGGAAUUAGCAUGUCCUAAGUUAAUGUCUAUGACCACAUGUGCUAUCAGUAUAUCAAAGAUGGAAUGUAUUAUAAAAGGCAUGUUCUUUCAAGAAAACGUGAGAGACGUUAUUUUUUUCCACAGUUCUUGAGACAACAGAGUUAUAUAACCCAGACAUGCUUCUGUACCUCAUGUCAAAACAGCAAAUUUUCUGGGGAAUUUUGAUAGGAAUUUGAUCCAAAGGCCAAGUCACACAAUAAAGACUGCAUCUGCAUAUAAGAUGCCCUGCAUCACCCAGGACUGGUUUAAUUAAAGAGCUGAAGAAAUACUUCUGGUAACAGAUGCAAAUUUUUAUACUGUAAAUUGUUAAUAUUAGUGAUAGAAUCAUUAUGAGAUAGAUUUUGUCACCCAUAAUCAAUUUGUAUAAUAUCUUCUGAAAUGCAAUUCUGAAUCAAUCAUCACUAUGAGCAGUGAUGACUAUAAUCUGUGCUUGCCUGGUAGGAGAAUUUGGAGAAGAUUUAACCAAUGUUUAUGCAUCGCUUUUCAUAUAUUUUGCACUUUGUUAGCUCAAUUGAUCCUGCAUUUCACCAAAAAGGUUAGACCUCUUUUUAUAUAUUACCUACGAUGGGUGUGUCAAAAUUGCAUGGUUAAUGAAAUAACUGAGUAAUGUGAGCUGAAUUCCAAACAGACCUCGUUUUUACUUAAAGCUUUAGUAGGCUUCAGCACUUGUCAUAGCUAAUCACAAUCCUGGCUUCAAUGUGCACCUACUAAGCCCAACUUUAGGCAUCCAUGCAUCUAUUUUAGUCCUUGCCAUUGCUCACAGUGGACUUUGUAUUCCUUGCACUAUCAUCAGAUUGUCAUACUUUUCUCAGGCGGGGGAUUAAGAGAGAAAACUCUUUCAUGUGCACCAUGAAAAUGUCUGUAAUAGCAAAAACAUACAGACUUGGGCUAUAUCUAAGAGGCUAAACAAAGAACAUUUUAAACUCAUUACCUUUUCAAAGAAGUAAUUAAAAUACAAGUUGUUUUGAUGUGAAAAUAAAAGAUUGUUUUUGUACAUGA